AUGGAAGUCCCUGAACCCCAUCAUGGGGGAGAAAAAACAUUACUUGUAGAAAAUCAUAGCGGAACAACUCCUGGAGAACAGGACGGCUCAAAGAAUGAUGGUAUGCCAAGUGGCGGACCCCAGCCGAGUGGUCACCAAGACCCUCAGACGGACCACAAUGCAGCCGUAAAUGCGAAGGCAAAAGAAAAUAAAGGUGGCUACAGCAUCGCAGCGGAUGAGGUAUGGGCACCACAUCGAAAGCAUGCGACUAAAUUUGACGUUGUACUGCUUCUCUGCGGCACUCUCCUGAGCGCGGGUGUCGGGGCACUGCUGCCCGUCUUCUUUCUCGUUUUUGGUGACCUUAUUGAACAAAUGAAUACGACUCUAGAUACGGAUUACUAUGUCCGCUUUAUGGCUUGGCUAGGACUAGCUGCAUUCGUUUCUGGUUCGGUCUCAACAGCCUGUUUUGAAGUCGCUGCUGACAGGCAGGUCAAGGCUUUUAAGGAGCAAUACUUUCAAUCCGUCGUUCGGCAGGACAUGGCUUGGUAUGAUCAAAGCAAUGUAGGGAGCCUUGCUUCACGUCUGCUAUCAAACAUUGCUUCCAUCCGUAGCGGCAUCGGCCUAAAACUGUGCAUGCUCAUUCAGCUUUUCGUUGUGAUAAUUGGGGCCCUUGUUGUUGGCUUCAUCAAGAGUUGGAAGCUUACACUGGUUUCGGCGGCAGCGGUUCCCGUAGUGGGGGGCUUCGGCGCCUUGGUUGCGUGGGCAAUUCAUAAGCAGGAAAUUGACCCAACAGAUGCGGCGAAGUGCUGUGCCUGCGCUUCUGUCUGUGCACUCAUAGAAUCUUAUGCCAGCGCCGGGGCUGUUAGCGAGGAAGCCUUUAUGGCAAUGAGAACUGUCGUAUCUAUGGGAUUGGAAGAGCAUAUGACCGAAAAAUACAGGCGGAAUCUCAAGCAUGCCGAGAAGGCUGCGCUCCGUGCAUCGGUUUGGGUGUCACUGGGCUUGGCUGGCUUGAUGGCAUCCAUGUUCUUCAUGAGCGCUUUGGGUUUGUGGUAUGGCGGUCACCUGUUGGCGGACAGCACUGAGGAGGCCCUUCAAGGUAUGAACACUCCGGUCGAUCCGGCAGACCCCAACACGUGGCCAAAACCAGCUUUUUCGGGAGGCUCUGCGAUUACGGUGUUUUUGGUAAUUUUAAUCGGUGCGUUCUCGUUGGGCCAGGUGAUCCCCAACUGCACGGCCUUGAUCAAGGCGUGCACAGCAGCUGCCGAUUUGGAAGAACUAAUUGGAAGAACCUCACAUAUUGACCCCCUCGCUGGCGGCGGGCGCACGGACGUCCAACUGGAUGGCGACAUCGAGUUCAAGAACGUUGCAUUUUCUUACCCCACGAGACCAGAAAGGCCUAUUUUCACGAAUCUGAAUCUUCGUAUCCCUGCUGGAAAAUCUGUUGCACUUGUCGGAGGAUCUGGCUGUGGCAAGUCAACAGUAUUGCAGCUGCUUCAACGAAUGUAUGACUGCGACAAGGGAACUAUUACCGUUGGUGGCGUCCCGGUGAAGGACAUAAAUGUUGCGACGUUAAGAAGCCAUAUGGGCGUUGUCAGUCAAGAGCCGUGCCUUUUCUCAACGACGGUCAGAAAAAACAUCGAGAUGGGAUCUCCGCAGCCGGUGUCCUUGGAGGAGGUUGUGGAUGCCGCAAAGCAAGCGAAUGCUGACGGAUUCAUUACCCGUUUCCCUGAAGGAUAUGAGACAGACUGUGGCGCAUACGGCGGGCAGCUGUCUGGUGGCCAGAAGCAGCGCAUUGCCAUCGCGAGAGCGCUGAUCCGUCGCCCCAGUAUUUUGAUUUUCGACGAAGCCACAUCUGCACUGGACACACAGUCGGAAAAGAUUGUUCAGGAAGCGUUGGACAACCUCGUUGCAACGAGCAAAGCAACAACCUUGAUCGUGGCGCAUCGUCUUAGCACCAUCCAGAAUGCGGACCUUAUUGUCGUCUUAGAGCCUUCUGCUAAUGGAGCGACUGUUGUGCAGCAAGGGACUCACCAUCAGCUUAUGAAGGACCCAGAAGGACUGUACUACCACUUGGUGUCUAGUCAAGUGGUCCCCCGUGUUGAUGAAUUGGAGGAGGAGGAGGAGACAGUAGAAGAAACUCCACCAGUACAUGGCGAUACGCUUUUGGAGGGGGCCCAGAGCAUGCGCCAUGUAGGCUCUCGCGUUGCUAAGUGGGCCUUGGUCCUUGUCGGUUUGGGUUUGGCUCAAGGCUUAACAGACUCAGUCAAGAUGUAUGGAAUCGAUUAUUGCGGAUAUAAGGUGGCAACUAUCUUGAGGGACAGGGCGUUUGUUCAGACGGUCCACCAAAACAUCGCCUUCUUUGAUGCACCAGAAAACAAUGCGGGGAAGCUCUGCAGCAUUCUGAGCGCGGACGUGCUGGAUGUCAAGACUGGGUGUACUGGCAACGUUGUUUCCAUGGUUCAAGUAUUCGCUGCGCUCACCACGGGUCUUGUCAUCGCGUUCUGUGGCGACUGGAGGCUGGCGCUGGUGAUCCUUGCUUUUUGUGUCUUGCUGAUUCCAGCCAACAUCAUAGAAGCUAAGAUGAGCAGCCCUGCAGCAACGCACACAGUGCGGCCAGGAGUUGAGAAUCAAGGAUCCCCAGCCAUUAUGAACCAGGCGACUUCUGGAAUUCGUGUUGUAUGCGCGUUUGGUCUAGAAGAGGUAGAAUAUGGCCAGGCAGCCUGCGUCCCUCUCUCUCUGCGACAGGAAACGCAGCGUUUUGUAGCGGACGGCGGUGCUUCCCCCUCGGCAGAAAAGAAGUUAGGAGGCUGCCUUCACGUUGUUGCUUCUGCGAUGCUGUGUGGUGCGGUGGACUGCUUGGCGCCAGAGGUUCAUCAAGAGUUACUCUGCGAGCAUCCAGUCGGAGCAUGCAACAAAGAUCAAAGAAGGCAUCGUUCUGGGGCUUGCUUACGGCUUCAGUCAAGUGCGGCUAGGGGCACGCAUGUUAGGGAGCAGGCCGAACACGGUGCAGGGCAGAACAGAACCCUGCAAAAACGCCAAACAAGCACUGUGGGGGGACUGUUGCGCGCUCAGGCCAUCCUUUCCCUGACAUUCGCGGUAUCUUCUGUUGGACAAACCGUCCUCUUUACCACAGAUUCUUCGAAAGCAGCAGCCGCAGGUCAUCGCGUGUUCGGCCUUAUCGACCGGGUGUCGGAGAUUGAUGUGCGUGACUCGGGAGGAAAGCUUCUAACCCACGAGAGCUUUACUGGGGCAGUGGAGCUUGACCGCAUCAACUUCACCUAUCCAACAAGGCCAGAGAAUAGGGUGUACCGAAACUUGAGCUUCUCUAUCAAGGCAGGCGAAUCAGUUGCGUUGGUGGGAGCCUCAGGAUGCGGAAAGUCUACGAUUGUUCAGCUCGUGGAGCGGUUCUAUGACUUGAGAAGCAGCCACCACGUGCACGCAGUGCCGCACGCCAUGACGAAGGCCUCUCUUACAGGAGGCGGACGACAGCGCAGCGCUGGUGGACACGAAGGGAGGAUUCUGCUAGACAAUGACGAUAUUCGUGAUCUCAACGUUGUGUCUGUUCGCCAACAGGAGGGGCUUGUUAGCCAGGAGCCUGUCUUGUUCGACAUGACCGUAGAAGAAAACAUCGCUAUUUCCAAGCCAGGAGCUACCAUGGCCGAGGUCCAAGAAGCCGCGGAGAUAGCGAAUGCCGCGGGUUUUAUUUCCUCGUUCCCCAAUGGCUAUCAAACGAACGUAGGGAGAGGGGGUGCACAACUCUCUGGUGGGCAGAAACAGCGCAUCGCAAUCGCAAGAGCAUUGAUUCGGAAGCCUCGGCUUUUGAUUUUAGACGAGGCAACGUCGGCUCUCGACGCAGAAAGUGAACGGAUCGUCCAAAAAACUAUUGACGAUUUGCUUGCCAAAGAGAAGCGCAGCACCAUCAUUGUCGCCCACAGGCUGUCUACCGUCCGUAAUGCCGACAAGAUUGUAGUGCUGACCAACGAAGACAGGACAGGAAGCCGUGUGGCCGAAGUGGGCACACAUGACGAGUUGAUACAGAAGAAGGGCGGCCUGUAUAGAACCCUUGUGGGGCUAGCAGCAAUCCAGUCAGAGUAA